GUCCAGAGGCUCUAAAACAAUCUGCACGCCCAAGCCCUCUGCUGUUAACCUCCCAUAUAAUAACCUGUCUUAGCAUUCUUGUGCUGGGGCUUGCUCAAGUGCUAUUACUAGUGUUCUAGUAGAACACUGACCGGAGUCAAGUACACAGGGCAGCUUGAAAAAAUAUCAGGACUCCCGCAUUGACAGGAUCGGGCUGUCAGAUAUGCUGCGGAACAUCACGUUCAUGUCCCUCCCGACCCAAGUCCCGAGUCCCUACCACCGAGAUCGCCCAGCAAUCCGCCUCCCUCCACAACAGCCUUCACCUCGAGACUGGGAAGCUCUGUUGCAUUUUGCGGACGAGAAGUCAUAGCAGCUUCCAUUCUGUGCAAGCUCUGCUGGCCAUAAAGUCCGCUAUGGGUCUGACGUACUCCUGGGAUUCCGCCACUCCCAAUUGCAACACCGGCACCGCUGUUGCCGGCGAUUGGGUUCGGUUGCUCUGUUCCACCGCUGGGGAUGUAGUUGACUUAAACCUCGACUCGGCGGGCCUUGUUCGUAAGGACUUUCCCAGUGACAUCGCCAAGCUCCUAGGAUUGACAUCGGUGGCGAUGCCAUGGAAUUUUCUGGACGGAAACCUUGGGACUUACGUCAAGUAUUUCUCGGUGCUCACCAACCUGCAAGUGGUAGCCAUGCAGUACAUGUACUUCUCGGGAUCGUUUCCAUCUGUCUUCAUCAACCUACCGAGCCUCACUGCGUUGGCGCUCCGCUUCAACUACCUGACGGGCACGGUCCCCACGGCCAUCACGAAGAUCAAGAGUCUGGACCUGUACUCCAACUACCUUGUGGGCAGCAUCCCCACGGGCACCUGGUCCUUCUGCAACAGCGGAAGCAACUGCUUCGCCAGCACUAGCAGCUGCGCCGGCAGCCAGCGCGCCGUCACCGCGUGCGCCAUAUGCGGCAGCACGGAUGGCACUGGCACGCUGUGUGGUGGCACCAAGCUGUGCGUGCCAGACGCCGACACGGCUAUUGCCAGCAAAGUAAAUAACUACGGCGCUCAGGUGGCGCUCUACUGCUCUGCGCUCUACAUGAAUGCCGGCGACGCGGCGGCUCUGCUCAACAUCAAGACGGCCAUGGGGCUCACCUUCACCAACUGGGCCACCACGGUUCCUUGCCGCCUCGAGGGCAAUGCUGCUGGCGCUAACGAGUGGGACCGUGUCAGCUGCACAUCCGACGGCCGCCUCUACUCCAUAGCCAUGCAGUACAUGUACUUCUCGGCGGCGGUUCUGCUCAACAUCAAGACGGCCAUGGGGCUCACCUUCACCAACUGGGCCACCACCAAUCCCUGCCGCCUGGAGGGCGCCAGUGCCAGUGCUGGCGAGUGGGACCGCGUCAGCUGCACCGCUGACCGCCGCCUCUUCAUGAUCAACCUGGACUCCAUGAACCUCGUGCGCAAGAGCUUCCCGUCCGACAUCUCCAACCUCACCGGGCUGGGCAUGGUCAACCUGGACUCCAUGAACCUCGUGCGCAAGAGCUUCCCGUCCGGCAUCUCAAACCUCACCGGGCUGGGCAUGGUCAACCUGGACUCCAUGAACCUCGUGCGCAAGAGCUUCCCGUCCGACAUCUCCAACCUCACCGGGCUGGGCAUGGCGUGGAUGCCGUGGAACUUCAUUGAUGGCAACCUUGAGACCUACCUCAAGGAUUUCUCGGCGCUCACCAACUUGAAGACUCUGGUGAUGCCGUGGAACUUCAUUGAUGGAAGCCUCGCAGACUACCUCAAGGAUUUCUCUACGCUGACAAACUUGAACACCCUGGCGCUCCGCUUCAACUACCUGACGGGCACGGUCCCCACAGCCAUCACAAAGUUGAAGAGUCUGGACCUGUACUCCAACUAUCUGGUGGGAAGCAUCCCCACGGGCACCUGGUCCUUCUGCAACAGCGGCAGCAACUGCUUCGCCAGCACUGGCAGCUGCGCCGGCAGCCAGCGCGCCGUCACCGCCAACCUGGACUCCAUGAACCUCGUGCGCAAGAGCUUCCCGUCCGACAUCUCCAACCUCACCGGGCUGGGCAUGGCGUGGAUGCCGUGGAACUUCAUUGAUGGCAACCUUGAGACCUACCUCAAGGAUUUCUCGGCGCUCACCAACUUGAAGACUCUCAACCUGGACUCCAUGAACCUCGUGCGCAAGAGCUUCCCGUCCGGCAUCUCAAACCUCACCGGGCUGGGCAUGGUCACGUUCCGCUUCAACUACCUGACGGGCACAGUCCCCACGGCCAUCACAAAGUUCAAGAGUCUGGACCUGUACUCCAACUACCUGGUGGGCAGCAUCCCCACGGGCACCUGGUCCUUCUGCAACAGCGGCAGCAACUGCUUCGCUAGCACUGGCAGCUGCGCCGGCACUCAGCGCGCCGUCACCGACUGCGCCAUCUGCGGCAGCACGGACGGCGCCGGCACGCUGUGCGGUGGCAGGGCGUGCAUACCGGAUGCAGACGCACGCAUCUCUGGGCAGCGGCGGCUCUGCUCAACAUCAAGACAGCCAUGGGGCUCACCUUCACCAACUGGGCCACCACGGUUCCUUGCCGCCUCGAGGGCAAUGCUGCUGGCGCUAACGAGUGGGACCGUGGCGCUCCGCUUCAACUACCUGACGGGCACGGUCCCCACAGCCAUCACAAAGUUGAAGAGUCUGGACCUGUACUCCAACUAUCUGGUGGGAAGCAUCCCCACGGGCACCUGGUCCUUCUGCAACAGCGGCAGCAACUGCUUCGCCAGCACUGGCAGCUGCGCCGGCAGCCAGCGCGCCGUCACCGCCAACCUGGACUCCAUGAACCUCGUGCGCAAGAGCUUCCCGUCCGACAUCUCCAACCUCACCGGGCUGGGCAUGGCGUGGAUGCCGUGGAACUUCAUUGAUGGCAACCUUGAGACCUACCUCAAGGAUUUCUCGGCGCUCACCAACUUGAAGACUCUCAACCUGGACUCCAUGAACCUCGUGCGCAAGAGCUUCCCGUCCGGCAUCUCAAACCUCACCGGGCUGGGCAUGGUGGCCAUGCAGUACAUGUACUUCUCGGGGUCUUUUCCAAGUGUGCUCAUGAACCUGCCCAGCCUUACUAGCGUCACGUUCCGCUUCAACUACCUGACGGGCACAGUCCCCACGGCCAUCACAAAGUUCAAGAGUCUGGACCUGUACUCCAACUACCUGGUGGGCAGCAUCCCCACGGGCACCUGGUCCUUCUGCAACAGCGGCAGCAACUGCUUCGCCAGCACUGGCAGCUGCGCCGGCACUCAGCGCGCCGUCACCGACUGCGCCAUCUGCGGCAGCACGGACGGCGCCGGCACGCUGUGCGCGGCGGCUCUGCUCAACAUCAAGACGGCCAUGGGGCUCACCUUCACCAACUGGGCCACCACGGUUCCUUGCCGCCUCGAGGGCAAUGCUGCUGGCGCUAACGAGUGGGACCCGGCGGCUCUGCUCAACAUCAAGACGGCCAUGGGGCUCACCUUCACCAACUGGGCCACCACCGUUCCUUGCCGCCUCGAGGGCAAUGCUGCUGGCGCUAACGAGUGGGACCGUGUCAGCUGCACAUCCGACGGCCGCCUCUACUCCAUCAACCUGGACUCCAUGAACCUCGUGCGCAAGAGCUUCCCGUCCGGCAUCUCCAACCUCACCGGGCUGGGCAUGGUAGCCAUGCAGUACAUGUACUUCUCGGGUUCGUUCCCCAGCAUACUCAUGAGUCUGCCCAGCCUUACCAAUGCCAACCUGGACUCCAUGAACCUCGUGCGCAAGAGCUUCCCGUCCGGCAUCUCCAACCUCACCGGGCUGGGCAUGGUGUGGAUGCCGUGGAACUUCAUUGAUGGCAACCUUGAGACCUACCUCAAGGAUUUCUCGGCGCUCACCAACUUGAAGACCCUGGCGUGCAUACCGGACGCAGACGCACGCAUCUCUGGGCAGGUCAAGAACUCGGGCGCUCAGGUGGCGCUCUACUGCUCUGUGCUCUACAUGAAUGCCGGCGACGCGGCGGCUCUGCUCAACAUCAAGACGGCCAUGGGGCUCACCUUCACCAACUGGGCCACCACCGUUCCUUGCCGCCUCGAGGGCAAUGCUGCUGGCACUAACGAGUGGGACCGUGUCAGCUGCACAUCCGACGGCCGCCUCUACUCCAUAGCCAUGCAGUACAUGUACUUCUCGGGUUCGUUCCCCAGCAUACUCAUGAGUCUGCCCAGCCUUACCAAUGCUGCGCUCCGCUUCAACUACCUGACGGGCACGGUCCCUACAGCCAUCACAAAGUUGAAGAGUCUGGACCUGUACUCCAACUACCUGGUGGGAAGCAUCCCCACGGGCACCUGGUCCUUCUGCAACAGCGGCAGCAACUGCUUCGCCAGCACUGGCAGCUGCGCCGGCAGCCAGCGUGCCGCCACCGACUGCGCCUUCUGCGGCAGCACCAAUGGCGCUGGCACGCUGUGCGGUGGCAAGGCAUGCAUACCGGACGCAGACGCACGCAUCUCUGGGCAGGUCAAGAACUUUGGUGCUCAAGUGGCGCUCUACUGCUAUGCGCCCUACAUGGACGCCGGCGACGCUGUGGUGUUGAUGGCCCUCAAGUCGUCGCUGGGUGUGACUCUCACCAACUGGAAUGCAGCAGCGCAUUGUACGCUGGAGGGACAGACACCACUGCCUUCGCAUUGGGGCGGUGUGCAGUGUGCCGCUGGAGGCCAUGUGCUGAGCAUUGCGCUGAAUCGUCAGGGGCUGCAGGGCUACAUUCAUCCAAAUAUCACCCAGCUCACAACGCUCACAUACCUGGACCUCGGCUACAACCUCUUCCAGAGCCGGCUGGACCUCUUUGCUGCUCCGCUGAAGAGCAUGACCACGCUCAAGGCGCUCUUCUUCCACUACAACUAUUUCGCUGGCCCCAUUCCGUCUACCAUUGCCUUGCUGCCUCAACUCACCUCACUCGGCCUGUUCUCCAACUACCUCACGGGCACGGUGCCCAUCCCCUCCAAGGCCCUGCUCGCUCUGGACGUGGGCUUUAAUUACCUCUCGGGCUCCUUCCCCAAGCUGCCGCUCAUGUUCUGUGCGGGCGACAACAACUGCUUCCUCAACUCAACAGCCUGCCGCACCUAUGGUAUCGUGCAGCGGCCUGGUGGGGCCUGUGCCAUCUGCGGCUCCGUAGCCGCCCAGGGAGACCUCUGCUUCGGUGGUUCUUGUGCUCCCAGCGCCACCGCUGCCGUCAGCGCCGGCACUGUCAACUCGCCCAAUGAGCCGCUGCUGCCCAUGUCAUGCAGAGACAAUCCCGCAACUGUAAUGGAUACAGGCUCAGCCCUGGCACUGCUGAAUGUGAAGAGCGCUCUGGGAGUGACCUUCACCAGCUGGAAUGCGAGUGUGCCCUGCUCCGUUUUCAACUCCACUAUCACUGUCGGAGGCACCUGGACUGGCGUGCUCUGCUCCGCUGCUGGCGCCGUCCUCAGCGUGAACCUCUCCUCCACCGCCCUGACUGGCAGCAUGCACGCCGACAUCUCCAAGCUCUCUGCCCUCACCUACCUCGACCUGUCCAACAACGUCCUACGCGCCAGCCUUGACAACUUCACUGCCCCCUUCUCCGGCCUCAAGGCGCUCCAGCAGCUGCGCCUCAACAACAACUGGUUCGCGGGGACCCUGCCUCAGAUUCUCGUGUCUCUUCCUGCCCUGACUCUGCUGGACGUGCAUGCAAAUGCGCUGACAGGGUCGCUGCCAGGCGUGUCUGCGGCGCUGCUCUCGUUCUUCCUGCAUGACAACUUCCUCGUGGGCAACUUCAGUGGGGGCGCCCUCACGGCGUGCGACGCCAGCCUCAACUGUCUGACCAGUGCCGCUGCGUGCGGUGCGAGCAGCACCUCGCAGAGGGUUGCCGCUGCGUGCGCCAUCUGCGACAGCGCAGCGGCACAAGGGCUGCUGUGCUGGGGAGGCACGUGCCUGCCCAACGUCACAGCCAGCACCAGCCACCCUGACGGGAAUGCCCCACAGCCCAUGUACUGCUCUGGAGCUCCUGUGGUGACAAUAAGCACCGCUGAUGCGGAGGCGCUGCUGGUGCUGAAGAGUGCGCUCAACAUCUCGUAUGCCACGUGGGCAGCUGCCACCUUCUGCACCGUGGCACCCACGCCCGUCAUCACUGGCACGUGGAACGGCAUCCUCUGUGACUCCCUCGGCAAAGUCGUUGCCCUCCAACUCCCGAACACUGGGCUCACAGGCACUCUGCCUGCUGCUGUCUCCAACCUCACAGCUCUCACUGCCAUCGAUCUGACUUCCAACCUCUUCCAAGGCCGCCUGGACGAAGUUACCACGCAGCUGCGCUUCCUCACCAAUCUCAAAGCCAUCGAUCUCGCCUACAACUGGUUCUCUGGCUCAGUGCCUGCAUUCAUGCUCGCUCUCCCCAAGCUUACUGAACUCACCCUGGGCUACAACUACCUCACCGGCUCGCUGGUCGCGGUUGCGGCGCCUCUCUCUGUGGUGGACGUGCAGUUCAACUUCCUGGCCGGCUCCUUCCCCGCACUCAACCUCUCCCUCUGCGCCGGCCGCAUGAACUGCUUCCUCGACGCCACCAAGUGCAAAAACCCUACACGCGUGUCUGAGGUGCAACGCGCCACAGCGUCAUGCGCCAUCUGCAACACGACCAACGCGCAGGGCCGGCUGUGCAACGGCGGGCUGUGCACCGUGAACGCCACGGAUCUGGUGUCGCUGGGUGCACCUAACAGCGCAUCGUCGCCCUUGUUGCCGCUGAUCUGCGUGGGCGCCACCUUUGUGGCCAUGGAUGCCACUCACGCGGGCGCCAUGCUCAACCUCAAGGCGUCGCUGGGUGUCACCCUCACUGACUGGAAGGCGGACUCGCCCUGCUCCCUGACUGGCACUGCCGCCCCUGGGUCGUGGAGCGGAGUCAGCUGUGACGGGACCGGCAAAGUCACCAACGUAAUUCUCAAGGCUCAGAAUCUGGCUGGAAGCAUCCACUCGGACAUCUCCAAGCUCACCACGCUUACCUCGCUUGACCUGCAGUCCAACCUGCUGCAGGGGCGCGUGGACUCCUUCACUGCCAGCAUCAAGGCGCCCCUCGUGCUCAAGGAGCUUGCUCUGCAGUACAACUAUCUCGUUGGCGCGUUCCCCUCCACACUCCUCGCCCUCACCACCCUCUCCAAGCUUUCCGUGGCCUUCAACUACCUCACGGGCUCCCUACCCGCCGUGCCAGCGUCUGCCAAGUCGCUGGACGUGCAGGGCAACUUCCUGGCGGGCGCCUUCCCCACCAACGCGCUCACCUACUGUGCCAGCACCACCAACUGCCUCACCGACGGCUCCAACUGCGCCUCGGUCGGCAUCUCGCAGCGCUCGGGGGCGGAGUGCGCAAUUUGCGGCACCUCCUUCGCCCAGGGCACCCUCUGUGGCGGCGUCACCUGCUUCGUCAACACCACCGGAGUGACUACACCUCCCACUGCGUCGUCUCCCCCUCGCAACCUUUUCUGUGCUCCUGUUCCUGUGGACACCACCACCACCACGACGCUGCUGGCGCUGAAGACGGUGCUGGGGGUGACGUUGACAGAUUGGAGUGCGACGACAGUGGUGCUGAAGCCCAAGGCGCUGAAUGGGGGCAGCGUGCCCCUGGCCACCACUGUGGGCGCCUGCACUGUGGACGGCCAGAUUCCUGCACCCGGCUCUUGGACUGGCGUUUUCUGCAGCCCCACUGGUGCCAUCGUCGCCCUUGUGCUGCCAAACCAAAAGCUGAGUGGAAGCUUCUCGUCUGACAUCACCAAGCUCACUGCUCUCACUGGGCUGGAUCUGAGCGGCAAUCUGUUCCAGCAGCGCUUUGAGGUCUUCGUUUCGCUCUUCACGGCACUCAAGGCUCUCAAGUCACUGUCACUGCAGUACAACUGGUUCUCCAACUCCAUCCCCUCCACCCUCCUCGCCCUCCCAGCUCUCUCCAGCGUCAAGCUAAACCGCAAUUAUCUGACAGGCGUGGUUCCGGCCAUCGGUACGGCUGUCAAAUCGCUCAACGUGGCCAACAAUUUCCUCUCGGGCACCUUCCCCACCGCCGCCCUCACUGCGUGCGACGCGCGCUCCAACUGCUUUCUGGACGCCAGCAAGUGCGCCAACGCCAACGGCACACUGCAGAGGGCCAUUGCCGAGUGCGCCAUCUGCGGGUCCACCAAUGCUGCCGGCGUGCUGUGCGGCGGCGGCUUCUGCACGCCCAACGCCACGGAGCUUGCCGGCACGGGCACGGCCAACGUUGAGGGGCAGGCAGUACUGCCGCUAUUCUGCCAGGGCGGGCCCAUCGAGAUGAGCAUGCGCGACGCCAUGCUCAACCUCAAGGCGUCACUGGGGGUGACCUUCACGGACUGGGCUACGCCUUCGCCUUGCACCAUUGCCGGGCAGCCUGUCGUGCCGGGGGCGUGGUCCAACGUGGUGUGCGACACGGCGGGCAAGGUCACAAGCAUCGACCUCAAGGCUCAGCUGUUGAGGGGCAGCAUGCAUGCUGACAUCUCCAAGCUCACCACGCUCACCUCGCUCAUUCUGGAGGGCAACCUGCUGCAGGGGCGCCUGGCGCUCUUCACCUCUGGCUUCAAGGGGCUCUCAGCGCUCAAGCUACUCAAUGUGCGUUUGAACUGGUUCUCUGGCGUGCUACCCUCCACCCUCGUUACUCUUCCGACACUCAGCACCAUCGAUGUGAGCUACAACUACAUGACGGGGUCGGUGCCCGCAUUAGGCACAGCGCUCAAGACACUUAACCUGGCGGGCAACUUCUUUUCGGGCAGCAUCGGCACGCUCACCAGCGUCUUGUGCUCUGCACAGCUCAACUGCCUACUCUCCCAGGGCAGCUGCACUGCCAGCGGUACUGCCAACCGCCUUGGGUGCAACAUCUGUGGCAGCACGAGUGGCCAGGGCACUCUGUGCAGUGGCGGGCUAUGCGUGCCCAACGCCACAGUGCCUGUGGCGAGCAACUCGCCCCCCACGGUGUCGUCGCCCGCCCUGCCCAUGUACUGCACCGGCACCAUCAUUGACACCACCGCAGCCGCUGCGCUGGGCAACAUUAAGACGGCGCUGGGAGUGACGUUCACAGACUGGGUGGCCCCCACGGCACUGCUGAAGCCCAAGGCGGCAGUGGGCAGCGGCAGCGUGGCGCUGACAGACUGGAUGACCACCGGUGGCUACUGCACUGUUGAGGGGCAGGCCCCCGUCGCUGGCUCCUGGUCCGGCGUCUUCUGCAACUCCCUCGGGCAGCCCGUCAGCCUGAAUUUGUCCAGUCAGAAGCUAGGCGGUUCACUCCAUUCUGAUCUCAGCAAGCUCUCCCUUCUCACCUCGCUGGAUCUGAGUUCCAACUUCUUCAGAGCGCAAAUCGACACUUGGGGCGUGUCCCUUAAGCUGCUCACCACUCUGCAAUCACUCCGUCUCAAUAGCAACUAUCUGUACGGCUCACUGCCCUCGUGGUUCGUCUCCUUCGCCAAGCUCACCAACCUCGAGGUGAACAUGAACGUUCUCAUGGGCACAUUCCCCGCCAUCACCUCCACAGUGUUAAAGCGCCUGCUGGCGGACCAGAACUACUUCGGAGGCACCUUCCCCGCCAACACCCUCACGUACUGCACUGCCUACUACAACUGCAUCUCCAACUACACCUCCUGCAGCUCCCUCAGCCCAAACAACCCCAUCCCCUCCGUCGGCUGCCAGUUCUGCGGCACAACCAACGCCCUGGGCACCGCAUGCCAGGGCAAUCCUUGCGUGCCCGCCACCCCCUCACCCAUCACGGCGGUCAACAUCUGGAAUCCCGUUCCCUUCCUGCGCUGCGAUCCCGUCCGCAUCGACGCCACACAUGCGCCUGCGCUGGCGGCCAUUUCGCCAGGCUUGUGGAGCUCUCAGACCACGUGCACGCUGGUGGGGCAGACCACUGUCCCAGGCUCCUUCCCCCUGGUCUACUGCAACGUUGUCGGGCAGGUCCUUGAAAUCAAUUUUGCCUACAUACAGGCCACGGGUUCCAUCCCCUCCGACGUUUCAAAGCUCGCCACACUCACCAAGUUUGACUUGUCAGGCAACCUCUUCUCCGGCCGCCUUGACGCCUUCCUCGCCCCGUUCCUUCCCCUCAAGGCCCUCAACGUCCUGCGCUUCAACAACAACUAUUUUUCGGGCUCCUUCCCAUCAACCUUCUCUGCUCUCUCCGCCCUCACUGAACUGAAAGUGCAAUUGAACUACCUGACCGGCAGCCUGCCUGCCGCGCUGCCGGCAAGCCUCAAGAGCAUAGACGCAUCCAGCAACUACCUGGUCGGCACGUUCCCCACCAUCAGCGCCACCUUCAUCAACUGCGCCACCAAUUGCUUCCAGGACCCCUCCAAGUGCGCCUAUGGCACGGUGCAGCGCCCCUCACCAGCGUGCGCCAUCUGCGAAACCUCCAACGGCACUGGCAGGUUGUGUAGCGGCGGCAUCUGCGCGCCCAAUGCAACAGCUGCCGUGGCAGCUGGCAUGCUGAAUGAGGGCACGGCGUCUAUGUACUGCCUGGGCGCCGCCAUGGAUCCCGCCAUGGCUGCGGCGCUGCUGAACAUGAAGGCGUCGCUUGGAGUGACGUUCACGGACUGGGCGCUGGACACGCCAUGCACCAUCCAGGGGCUCCCGCCGAUGCCAGGCACGUGGAGCAACGUCAUCUGCAACGUCACCGGCAAAGUCGUGCAGCUGUCCCUGGGGGGCCAGAGGCUGACAGGGACGAUGCACUCGGACAUUGCCAAGCUCACGUCCCUCACAAACAUUGACUUCAAUUCCAACUUAUUGGAGGGUCGUUUUGAUGUGUUUGCAGCCAACUUCAAGGCCCUCACCUCGCUCAAAGAAGCCUUCUUUGACUUCAACUGGUUCACAGGGCCCAUCCCUUCUUCCCUUGUUGCCAUUGCCACCCUCUCCAAGCUGGGCGCGAGCUACAACUAUCUGUACGGCGCCAUGCCCACCCCUGGUGCGGCCCUCAAGAGCCUCAAUGUGCAGGGCAACUGGCUCUCUGGCACGUUCCCUGGCUCUGGCUUCGUGUCCUGCAAUGCGUUUGCCAACUGCUUCACCAACAUGGGCGGAUGCGUCCAAGCCACCAGCCUUGCUCAGCGUGCUGCGUCCGCCUGUGCGGUCUGCAACUCCAUCGACGGCACGGGCACCAUCUGUGGCGGCGGCAUCUGUGCGCCCGACACAUCUCUUCCUCUUUCCAACAGCUCGCCCAACACUGCGGUUUCCCCCAUCCUGCCGCGCUUCUGUGUGGGCGUGGGGCUGGACGCCACGCAGGGCAACGUGCUGCUGGCCCUCAAGACCGCCCUUGGUGUCACUUUCACUGACUGGACCGCCGCCACCCUCGCCACCCCCAAGGCCUCCCCCACCAAGCCCAAGGCGGGGUCGAAGCAGCGGCGCAUGCUGGCACGGGGGUCGGGGAUGUUCUAUUCGUGGGCGUCGGUGGGGUCGUGCACCAUCCAGGGCCAGACGCCCAUUGCCGGCUCCUGGACCGGCGUGCGCUGCUCUCCUGCCGGACUUGUUGUCAGCCUUGAUCUGCGGAGCAGACUGCUGAGUGGCACAGUGCACUCCGACAUCAGCAAGCUCAGCACGCUCACUUCACUGUACCUGACAUCCAACCUCUUCUUCAACCGCCUCGACUCCUAUGUUGUGCCGCUCACGCCCACUGCCAGCCUCAAGGAGCUCUACAUCAACUUCAACUGGUUCUAUGGCACGGUCCCGGCCACGCUCCUCAACAUGCCAGCCCUCUCCGUCCUGCUGAUCAGCAACAAUUAUCUGACAGGCGUGUUGCCCAAGCCGGGCGCGGCCAUCAAGGCCCUGGGCAUGGAGUUCAACUUCCUCUCGGGCACCUUCCCCGCAGCCACGCUCGCCUACUGCAGCUCCCGCAGCAACUGCUUCCUCGACGCUGCCGCCUGCUUCAGCCUGGACGGCAGCGCACAGAGGGACACAGGGUGCAACGUGUGCGGGUCGGCUAACGGGCAGCUGCCACUGUGCGGCGGGGCUGUGUGCACGCCCGACCCCUCGGCCUACAUGGCGUCCCAAGUGCCCAACAGCGCCACGGCGCCCACCCUGGCCCUCAAGUGCCUUGGCAUGCCCCUCGAUGCUGUCUCCUCAUCCGCUCUGCUCAACAUCGGGUCGGCGCUGGGUGUGACGCACACGGACUGGAGCGCCAGUAGCACCUGCAACAUCCUGGGGCAGAGCUCCGCCCCCAAAUCGUGGCCGGGCGUCUGGUGCAGCGGCACCGGCGUUGUCGUAUCCCUCAUGCUGAACAACAUGAAGCUGUGGGGCACCAUCCACGCCGACAUGACCAAGCUCACUGGGGUCACCUAUCUCCACCUGGGUUAUAACCUGCUGUCUGGCGGCCUCUCCUCCUUCGUCUCCAAUAUCACACCUCUCACUGCCCUCGCUGUCCUGAACCUCAACUUCAACUACCUCUACGACAGCGUGCCAUCCACUCUCCUCAACAUGGCUUCCCUCACAGAAAUGCACCUGGAUGUCAACUACUUGACAGGGACGCUGCCAGCCAUUUCCACGAAGAUCAAGUACCUGGCAGUCAACCACAACUUCCUCGCGGGCUCCUUCCCAGCGCAGGCCUUCCAGUUCUGCGAUGUGCGCAACAACUGCUUUGCCUCCGUUGGCUCCUGCAUAAAUGCCGACGGCGUGGCCCAGCGCGCCACGGGCUGCAACAUCUGCACCACCGCCGCCGCUGUCCCCCCCCUCUGCAACGGCGCUGCCUGCGUCCUCAACGCGUCGGUCCCCCUGGCUGCCGGCUCUCUCAAUGACUACGCUGCUCCCAUCCAGCCCUUCUAUUGCCGGCCGGCCACCAUCGAUGCCACUGCUGCUCAAGCACUGCUGGUGCUGAAGGCGGCGCUGGGUGUGGCACAGAGCAGCUGGCUGGUGGACUCGCCCUGCAAUGUGGCGGGCAACCCGCCCGUGCCCGGCAGCUGGGUGGGCGUCGCUUGUGAUCUCUCCGGCCAAGUUGUCAGCCUGGACCUGCCCAGCAUGGGUCUGCGCGGGAGUCUGCCUGCUGAUGUCUCCAAGCUCUCUGCCAUCACCAGGAUCAACCUGGAGUCAAACCUGCUGGAGGCGCGGCUGGGCGAGUGGGCCUCGGUGCUCACCACGCUCAAGGCCCUCAAGCAUCUGGCGCUCAACUACAACUGGUUCUCCGGACUUCUGCCAUCCUACCUCCUUGCACUGUCCUCCCUCACAACGCUCAACCUGCAGUUUAACUACCUCACCGGCACCAUCACCGGCGCCCCAGCGGUGGCCCUCAAGUCUGUCAACGUGGCAUCCAACUUCCUGGGGGGCUCCUUCCCGGCAUCUUCCACCACCAUGUGCGACGCGCGCAGCAACUGCCUCGUGGAUGCAUCCAAGUGUGUCAGCUCGGGGUCGUCUGCGCAGCGCGCCGCUGCUGCGUGCGCCAUCUGCGGCUACGCCAACGCAUCCACACUGCUGUGCGGGGGAGGCGUGUGUGCGCCCAACACCUCCGCUCCACUCGCCUCCAAGAUGCCCAACAGCGCCUCUGCUGCUGUGCUGCCGCUCAUGUGCACUGGCGUCAGGAUCGACCCUGCUGCCCUGCCGGUUCUUGCGAACCUGAAGACGGCGCUGGGGGUGCCACAUGCGGAGUGGGGGACGGCGACCAUGUGCACGGUGACGGGCGUCACUAAGGGCCCUGGGGAGAUGGGCGCCGUGUACUGCAAUGCAGGGGGCGCCGUAGUGGACUUGUACCUUAAGCAGCGCGGCAUGCGCGGCACCAUGCACCCUGACAUCUCCAAGCUCACCGCGCUCACCGCACUCGAUGUCUCGUCCAACUUCCUCUCCGGCCUCCUCGACCCCUACUUCUCGCCCCUCUCCGCCCUCACCAACUUGCAGUACCUAGUGCUGCAGUACAACUUCUUCUCCGGCCCCAUCCCCUCCACUGUCACGGCCAUCAAGAGCCUCUUCAUGCUGAGCCUGGGGUGGAACUACCUGACGGGCACGGUGCCGGCACUGGGCGCGACGGUGAAGUCGCUGAACCUGGAAAACAACUACUUGGUCGGCACCUUCCCCACUGCCACGUGGACCUUGUGCACGGCGCGCGCCAACUGCUUCACCGACCCCACCAAGUGCAACGCCAACAACGGACAGGGCGUCACCCAGCGCCCCUCCUGCGCUAUCUGCGGCAGUGCGGACGGCCGGGGCACUCUGUGCGGCGGCACGGCCAUCUGCCAGCCCGACCCUGCGGCUGUGAAUGCCGCCACUGCCAUCCCCACGACCACCACCCCCGCGCUCGCCCUCAUGUGCCCUCCCCCUCCGCCGGUCGCCACUGACGCCGCAGCAGCAACUGCGCUGCUGAACAUCAAGUCGGCCCUGGGAGUGACGUACACCAACUGGGCGGCCGGAGCCACGUGCACCUCUGUAGGCAGCACGGGUGCGGGCGGCUUCACGGGCGUCGAGUGCAACGCUCUGGGCAACCCUGUCAAGAUCACCCUAGACAGUCAGAAACUGUUUGGCAUUCUGCAUGGUGACAUCACUAAGCUGACGGCCCUCACAUUCAUCUCGCUCAAGUCAAACCUCUUCAAGUCGCGCCUAGAGGAUUUCGCUGUCAAGAUUCCCACACUCCCCAACCUUGCAGUACUGCUGCUUGACUUCAAUUGGUUCUUUGGGAGUCUGCCCCCUGCUCUUGUCGGCAUGGCCUCACUCACGCGCCUUGGUAUCUCAUACAACUAUCUGACGUACCGCGUGCCGCCGCUGUCGCCAGCCCUCAAGGAUAUUGACAUGUCCAGCAACUUCCUGUCGGGCACCUUUCCCACCAACUCCGCCACCUCUUGCGGCGCCGCCAGCAACUGCCUGCUCAACGCUGCAUCGUGCACCACCAAGGUUCUGUCAACACAGCGGGCGUCUGGGUGCAACAUCUGCAGCACCUCCUCUGUUCCGGGGCAGGGCAUGCUGUGCCUUGGCCGGGGCAUCUGCACGGUCAAUGCCUCUGUACCCUUCAACGCCCAGACCCCCAACACUGCCAGCGCCGCCAUCCUGCCCUUGACUUGUGUCGAUCUGGUGUGCGGCUCCGUCCCGCCUGUUGUUUGCCCCAACGACUGGCGCUGCUUUGCUCUGCAGUGUAUCGUUUCCUACACCAACUGCAUCGGCUACCUCUGCAUCUAGGAUGCUCUCAGCUGCAUUUGCUAUUUCUACAUCUCAAGCUCUUAGGCUUUCACUGGGUCCUGCAUCUGGAAUGUUUUUCCGUUGGCCUUAGCUGCCGGUAAUACCAAUUUGGUGGUCUUGGUUGCCUAGAACAUCAUUGUGGAGGCCUUGGCUACCUAAAAUGUUGCUUGCUGACUUUUUUUUGCCCAGAAUGCUGUCUACACCCUUCAUUGCCUUUCUUUCUGACAAGAAUUUAUCAUUUCUAUGUUUUUAUGUUAAUUGAAC